GCAGCAUUCGUGAUCUCUCGCAUUCCCACUGUCUGAUUGGAUAGGCUGACAAGGACAGAUGCAUGAGUGUCACCUGUUCCAUCGGCGCGUAAUAUUAAAAUGACAGAUACUGUGCCGAAGUUAUUUUUAAAGAAUAAAGAGAAUCAGAAUAGAAGAAUUUGCUGUUACUUUCAUCCGAUAGACGACAAACUCGAGGAUUUGAUUCGGAUGUUCGUGCGCCUUGCGCUCUACACGAUUGCGGUUCUAAUCGUUCUGACUUACCUGAAUCCUUUGGUUGGGGGUAACAAAUUUGACCGCGGUGAGGUACAGGAAAAGGCCCUCGGGGCCAAAACUCUCUGUUCAACUUUCAGUGAACCACUACAGUCGAUAGUUGAGACCAGCAGUAUUAUUUUGGCUGGCAGGUUUCGACAAAGAUUCGGUAGAACACGCCUGCAAGUUCGUGAUGGAUAUUCUACUGCAGCUGACCAGAAAUUCAAUGCUACUAUUUUGGUCACCGCCGUGUACAAAAAUGAUACAUUUGUGGAGGAUUUAAUCACGAUUGGAACGUUUUUUAUUCCCACCGGCAAGCCUGUUAAUCAACCUGGUUGUUUGGAUGCAUUUUAUAAAAAUUCCAAGUACAUGUUCUUCCUGAAAAAAGUUGGGACACCGGCCGGUUACUAUGCAAUGACACAUAAUCCUCAAGCAUUCACUGAGAAGCUUGCCUACUCGAUCUACGCAAGACGAUGCUCCAGUUGUUGUGAGUUCAUUUACAGCGCAUCCAUUUUUGUCAACGGUGUUUAAAUUCUCCAAAGAUCGAACCGAUAAGCAAUCUAGAAAUGAAGCCUGGAGAACAACUGACAAUCACUUGUGUGGCCAUGGGCAAACCUCUGCCCGAAGUGGCAUGGAUCAAGAAUGGGAAGUCCUUAAAUUUAGUUGACAAAAGUGUCAGGGUGGAAGAAAUAAAGUAAGCUUAGUGCAGUAUAUUAUAUUUUUCUGUAGUAAUGUUCGUACUUUGAAGGGCUUUUGAUACUGAAUGCUUCAAAUUCGAGUAAUGUUGGUCUCUUUAGGCAUUUCUGUAAUUUGCCAACUGUUUGAGCCGGUGGUUCCUUACGCUGACAGUCUUAGAGACAAGGAGGCAGAAUCGUUCACAAAACCAGGGGAUUCUGCCACAUGGAAUAGAAACUCAUCAAUUAUGUUUAAAGCCAUCACAACGGUACCCAACUAGUAGCUUCUUUUCGGAUGGUUCUUUGGCCUGCAUAGCCAACGUAUGGAUUGUCGAUUUGAGCAUCGCGAAGUCCACACGUGUUUCACCAAUGAAUGGGUUCCUUACUCCAGACGUGUAGGUUCAUGUGCACCCAGUAGAUUCACGAUGGCCUGCUUUUUUCCAAUAUCAAAUUAUCAAAUUUUCCUCAUAUUGUUUCCCAUCGCUGAAGGUAGAAACUACUGUUGUGUUCUGAUCAGAGUGAAGUUUAAUUUUAUCUUCAUGUGAGCUGACCAGAUUUAUCGAAACAAAACGG